AUGGACUCAAAUCAAUGGGUAAUCCAAGGUCAUCGCAGUAAACAGGAUCCUUGGUCUGGUUUAUGUAGAAACAGUGAAGGCUGGGGUCCAUUUUCAGAUGAGCGAGUGCCCGAUUUCACACCUUGUUUUGAGGAUACUGUCAUUACAUUAGUGCCAUACGCCUUUGUGAUUAUCGGUGGCAUGAUUCGAUUUUGGAUUUUAUCAAAGCGAGAAUCUCUCUCCUCUGACAUGACUAGAAACUGGCAUUAUUUUGCCAAGAUGACCACCUUGCUAUUGAUUUUGAUUACCACCAUUUCCAGCUUUUUAUUGUCAGUGCUCAAUGACGGCAUGGACUGGAUUGACAAUGCACAAGUGCUAGUGCAAGGAUUGUCCAUCUUCAUUGUGAUCUUUGUCAUUGGAUUACACCACAUUGAAUACAACCGCAAUCGCGUUUCUUCUGCAGUUUUGUUGUUCUAUUGGCUGUUUGUUAUCAUUGCUGAUGGCAUCAAAUUGCGUACAAAGGUCAUGAACAACGCACCUUACACAGACGGCACUCAAUUCGCACUUUUCGCUACAAAUUUUGUGUUGGCUAUCAUCAUUUUUGGCCUGGAAAACAUGCAGCGACCCAAGACACAAUACAUUAUGUUGGAGGAGGAUGAGCUUGAUUCUCCUGAGGAAAAGACCAACAUCUUUGGUAGAUUAACUUUUAGUUGGAUGACUCCCCUGAUGAGGCUGGGCUACCAAAAGCCUUUGACCAUGGACGAUUUGUGGAACCUCAAAUCAGAUGAUCAAUCUGCUGUGGUGGGUGUCAAAUUCCAAGAGAAUUGGCAAAAAGAAUUGAACAAAGCAAAGCCCUCCUUACUGCGUGCUCUUGUAAAGACACUGGGCGGUCCCUUUGCACUGGCAGCCUUUUUUAAGGCCUUGCAAGAUAUUUUGCAGUUCACUCAGCCCAUGCUCCUCAAGAAGCUGAUGGUGUGGGUCACCAGCUACAAUUCCGAGUACCCUGAGCCUGCCUACCGUGGUAUCUUGAUUGCUGUUGCCAUGUUUAUUACAGCCAUCUGCCAAACCAUGUUCCUUCACCAAUACUUCCAACGCUGUUUCAGUACAGGUAUGCGUCUUCGUGCUGCUCUCGUUACUUCCAUCUAUCAAAAGACGUUGGUUUUGAGUAAUGCCAGUCGCCAAAAGUCCACCGUCGGUGAGAUUGUCAACCACAUGAGCGUAGAUGCUCAAAGAUUGAUGGAUCUGUGCACCUACUUUCACAUUGUCUGGAGUGGUCCUUUCCAAAUUGUCAUUGCCUUGUUCUUUUUAUACAACACCAUGGGCCCCAGUAUCGGCGCUGGUGUUGGCAUUCUCAUUCUUGCUAUUCCUCUAAACACCUACAUUGCCCGCAAGAUGCGCGCUUACCAAAAGACGCAGAUGGGCAACAAAGAUGCCAGAGUCAAGCUGAUGAACGAAAUCUUGAACGGUAUCCGUGUCAUCAAGUUGUAUGCCUGGGAAAUGCCCUUCUUGGAGAAGAUUAGCUUCAUCCGUAACGAUUUAGAACUAGCCACCUUGAAGAAGAUUGGCGUCAUGUCUGCCGUGCAAAACUUUACCUGGACUUCUAUCCCCUUCUUGGUCUCUCUUUCCACCUUUGCCGUCUACGUCUCCAUCUCUGAGCAUCCCUUGACUAGUGACAUUGCUUUUGUCGCUAUUGCUCUCUUUGGUCUCUUGCAAUUCCCUCUCACUGUCUUUCCCAACGUCAUUACAUCCACGAUUGAAGCUUCCGUUUCCCUGUACCGUAUUGAAAGCUAUCUUUCUUCUGAGGAGCUGGAUCCUUAUGCUGUCACUCGUGAAGAUUACCGUAAUGACCCCAACUACACUGAUGACACGCCUCUUGUUGAAAUCAGUAACGGUGAAUUCAAAUGGUCUGCUGAAGACCCCAAGUCUGUUCUCGAAAACAUCAACAUCAAGGUCAAGAAGGGCCAAGUUACCGCUGUCGUUGGCCGUGUGGGUGCUGGUAAAUCUUCUUUGAUCAGUGCUUUGCUCGGUGACACUGUCAAGAUUGGCGGUGACGUUAUUUUGCGUGGCUCUGCUGCUUAUGUUCCUCAACAACCCUGGGUUAUGAAUGCCUCUUUGCGUGAUAACAUCGUCUUUGGACAUAGAUGGGACGCUGAUUUCUAUGAUCGCGUCUUGGAAGCGUGCUCAUUGAAGAGCGAUAUUGCUAUUCUGAACGGUGGUGAUCAGACCGAAAUUGGCGAACGCGGUAUCAACUUGUCUGGUGGUCAAAAGGCCCGUGUAUCUCUCGCCAGAGCCAUCUAUGCUCGUGCUGAUAUCUACUUGUUGGAUGAUCCUCUUAGUGCUGUCGAUGCUCAUGUUGGUCGUCAUAUUUUUGACCAUGUCAUUGGCCCUAAUGGUAUUUUGAAGAACAAGGCUCGUAUUCUCGUCACGCAUGGUAUCUCUUACUUGCCUCAAGUGGACGAAGUUGUCAUGCUGCGUGAAGGUCAAAUAGCUUUGAGUGGAAGCUACGAAAGCUUGAUGAGUCAAAAAUCCGAACUGUAUGCUCUUGUCACUGACUUUGGUAAUCAACCCACCAAGGCCUCUGGUUCUGAAGAUGGCGAAUCUAAUGAAGGCACUAUCGAGGCCGGCGAAGAAGACGUACUUCGAUCUGACACUGCCUCUAUUGAGCUGAUGCCUCGUGAAGAAGACGCGUCUUUGGGCCGUCAACGUCAACGUAUGAACAGUGAUGUCUCUAUGAUGAGCGCGAAGACGCUUCGCCGCGCCUCUCUUGUCUCCCUUCAUAAAAACGGAAAGAACGCAAAGAACGGUGUUGAUAGUAACCGUCUUAUCACUGUGGAAGAAAGCGCCAAGGGCAGCGUUACUUGGGAUGUUUACAAGCAAUAUGCCAAGUCCUGCUCUCUGUAUGGUGUUAUUGCUGUCCUCGGUUUGUUGGUUCUUGCUCAAAUCGCCUCUGUUGGUACCAACUUAUGGUUAAAGUACUGGUCUUCCAAGAAUCAGGAUCAUGGCUCCAACAACAGUGUGUGGUUCUACCUUGGUAUUUAUGCGCUUAUCGGUUGGUCCUCUACUCUGUUCGCCAUGGUGCAAACUCUUGUUCUCUGGGUCUAUUGUGCCAUCCGCUCUGCUCGUGUCUUGCACUCUGAAAUGCUGGAAACCAUUGUGCGUUCUCCCAUGUCCUUCUUUGAUACGACUCCCUUGGGUAGAAUCUUGAAUCGUUUUAGUAAAGAUCAGCACACAGUCGAUGAAGUGUUACCUAGAACAUUCAACGGUUAUUUCCGCGUGCUCUUCUCCGUCAUCUCCACUAUCUGUAUCAUCGCCUUCUCUACGCCCCUCUUUAUGAUUUUGGUUGUUCCUCUUGGUGUCAUCUACAUCUAUGUUCAACGCUACUACCUCGCUACUUCUCGUGAGCUGAAGCGUCUGGAUUCAGUCGGUAAGAGUCCCAUCUACUCUCACUUUCAAGAAACCAUCUCUGGCGUCUCUACUAUCCGUGCAUACGAGCAACAAAAGCGUUUUAUGUUUGAGAAUGAAGGCAAAUUGGAUGAUAACCAAAGAGCCUACUUCCCUUCCAUUUCCUGUAACAGAUGGCUGGCUGUUCGUCUUGAAUUUUUGGGCUCCAUCAUCAUUUUAGCUGCUGCUCUGUUUGCUGUCAUUGGUGUCGUUUAUGGCUCUUCCAAGAUUGAUGCUGGUUUGGUGGGUCUCUCUGUGUCUUAUGCCCUCAGUGUCACUCAAGCUCUCAAUUGGGUUAUCCGUUCCUACUGUGAAAUUGAAACCAAUGUUGUCUCUGUUGAACGUAUCAAAGAGUACAUUGAUUUGCCUACCGAAAAGUAUAAUGCUGUGCGUGGCGUCAACCCUAUGUGGCCUGAGAAGGGUUUGAUUGAAUUCCGUGAUUAUUCUACUCGCUAUCGCCCUGGAUUAGAUCUUGCCUUGCGCGAUUUAUCCUUCACUGUAGCACCCAAGGAAAAGAUUGGUAUUAUUGGCCGUACCGGCGCUGGCAAGAGUUCCUUGAGUUUGAGUUUGUUCCGUAUUGUCGAGGCUGCCAGGGGUUCUAUCUUUAUUGAUGAUGUUGAUAUCUCUAGCUUGCGUUUGUUUGAUCUUAGAUCUCGUCUUACCAUUAUUCCCCAGGAUCCUGUCUUGUUUGCUGGCUCUGUCAGAGAAAACUUGGAUCCAUUUGGUACCCAUGACGAUGCUGAAUUAUGGCAAGCAUUGCAGCACUCUCACCUUCAAGAACACAUUGCUGGCAUGGACGGUAAACUGAAUGCUGUGGUUUUGGAAGGUGGUGAAAACUUUUCUGUUGGUCAACGUCAAUUGAUUUGCUUAGCCCGUGCUCUCCUUCGUCGCACAACUAUUCUUGUACUUGAUGAAGCUACCGCUGCUAUUGACGUUGAAACUGACUCCAUUAUCCAAGAGACAAUCCGUCGUCAAUUCGCCAACUGUACUAUUCUUACCAUUGCUCACAGAAUCAACACUGUAUUGGACUCUGACAGAAUCCUUGUUCUAGACAAGGGCUCCAUUGCAGAGUUUGAUUCGCCCAAGAAGCUCUUGCAAGAUGAAGACUCCAUCUUUUAUUCUAUGGCUAAACAAGCUGGAUUAACUGAAUAA